UAUUUUAACGUCAUCUUCGCUAUCGGUUUCUGAAGCCUCUCCACUAAUUACCACAGGUUUACUCAUGUUGUUAAAACCUUAGAAAGUUUAAAUCAAAGAAAAACAAGCUUUUUGUUUGUAAAUAAGAAAUGACAGAUGCCACUGAAAUAACAUAACCUCAAAAAUUCAGAAGGAAUAGCAACAGUGCUAAGCAAAAGUUUUCGUUAAAAACAUCAGUGAUAAAGACGAAAAGAAGAGAAAAUCUUGCGGAAAUUCAUGUUGGUGACCCUGAAGGCGCCAUCUGAAGAACAUUUGCGCCAUUUCUUAAACUGACGUUUUGAACUGAAUGGCUUGGAAAUUUGUGAUUGUUUAUUGUUCCAAAUAACAUUUUGAGUGCCAUGGAUAAUAUAAGGAUUAUAUUCAUAUUGCCCAGUAAAUACAAAGAUGAAAAUGAGGCAACAGAUAUUAUGUUACAGGCUUAUGAAGUUUGUAAACAAAAUGUUCGUAAUGUUUCCUGGGUAAAAGAAGAUGAAUAUGACAGUGCCGAUCUGGGUAAAACUGAUUUUGUGAUAUUUGAAGAUUUCUCUGGGGUUAACUAUGAGAAAUUGAUCGAAACUAAAUGCGCUAGAAUUUUGGGUCCGUGGUGUGUUUAUUUAUGCCUAAUGGAAGGAAAACCGAUCCCCAAUUUUACGUGGCCAAUUUACAACAUUGCAAUGUUUGAAUGUGUAGUUGUUGGAUCCUAUUUGCCCAAAAAAACUAAAAAGGAUAUAAAGAAUAAAGUUGAAUUGAUGGGUGGGCGCUAUAUUGACACUUUAUUGGGUGUUACCACUCAUGUGAUUACUGAAAGCGUUCAAACUGAGAAAUAUGCAAGAGCUGCGGAACUUGGACUUAAAAUAUUGCUACCAGGAUGGGUUGAUGCCGUAUGGGAGGCUAGUCAGUCAGGAAAUGUACAUGCAAACGAUGAACAGUUUCAGUCAUUUAAAGUACCGCCGCUUCAUAACCUUGUAGUCUGCUCCACUGGUUUUACAAGAGCAUCGGAAAGGAGUGAGCUUACCCGAAUAGUGAGUGAAAAUGGCGGAAAUUUUACAGGGAAAUUGAGUAUUUCCAGCACUGAUGUUUUAGUCUGCAAAGGAACUGAGGGUUCCACAAGCGAAAAAUACAAGGCCGCAGUGGCGUCGCAAAACAUAAAAUGCGUCACAUUGGACUGGAUCACCGAGAGCGUUAAAAAGGGAUACGCUCUUCCCCAUAAACUGUUCCCGGUCAAAAAAGGACAAUCGACCCCGAUAAAAAACGACGAAUCUGUUAACCCGAAUUUUUCCACAAUCAGUGCAAUCGUAAGCAGCGGUAAAGAAAAUAGAACCACCAUAGAUGAAAGCGUUGCCGUGGCCUUAAAUUUCGAAGAUAGUGUGGGAGGAAAUGCCUCCACAAAUAAAAGAAAAGGUUCAUUAAAUGAUGAACAUAUUCAGCUUAUUGACAAUUUGGACGUUAGAAAAGCUAAAAGAGCAGGACAGUACUUGGAUGGAUGUAGUGUGUACGUGGCGGGUUUCGACAGCGAGCACAGGGAAAAGCUGUGCAAAAUCCUGAACCUGAGCGGCGCCACGCGAUACGACUCGAUCACGGACCGCGUGACGCACGUGAUCGUGGGCGACGUCACGUGUCACGACGUGAAAAUCAUCAAAAGCAAGGGCUACGCGUGCGCGCUCGUUUCGCUCAGAUGGCUCGUCGCGAGCAUGGAGAAGCGGGAACCCGCGCCUGAGGAGGACUUCCUCGUCGGUUUCGACAAUGCCGACAAGAGCGACAUGUGCUCGCCCUUAAGCAGAAAGGGGUUAAAGUUACUGAAAUCCGAUAGAACCAUGACUGAAAAUGAGGCAGCAAAGGAAACUGUCCUUCUCCCUGCUCAACCAGACGAGCCGGAUAUUAUGCAACAAUACCUCAAACCCAUGAAUACAGCCGAUGAGGAUACGCUGGCGCAGCUUCUAAAAAACGAUUCCAAAUUCACGAGCACGAAGGAAAACGAAGCGCCGCGAUUGUCGACGAUGCCCCCACCACCGGAACCGGAAAUAAGCGCCCAGCAAACCACUUUGGGCAGUAACUUAACCGAUGAUGACACCGUACAGCCUUGCGACGUAUUUGAAGGUCUUAAAUUCGCGCUGGCCGGCUUCAAAGCCGACGAAGUGGAAAUUUUGUCGGAACAGAUAAAAAGUUGCGGCGGCGAAAUCGUCGCAAAGUCCUUCAAAGGCGUGCUGGACUACGCGGUGUUGCCGGUUUUCAACGACGCCGAAAUCCGCCAGUCCGCCGCCGAGGUGGUGACCGACCUGUGGGUGGCCGAGUGCAUAGAGGAGAACGAAGUGCGCGAGGUGCUGUACUACCAUCAGCCCUUUGUGCUGCAAAACUCCAGCCCCCUGGAGAACUGCGUCAUCACCUGCAGCGGGGUUUGCAGCUACGAGCGCAACUUUUUGCGGAACCUCAUAGUCGCGCUGGGGGGCAAGUGCCAGGAUCAGUUCGCGCGCUAUACCUCGGUGGAGAAGGGCGUCCUGGGUUCUACGCACCUGGUGAGUCUGGACGCCUCGGGGAAAAAGUACUCGGCCGCGAUUAAAUGGGGCCUGCCGGCCGUCUCCAAGGACUGGCUUUUGGAGGUGGCCAGGACGGGGCUGGCCGUCUUGGAGACUCCUUUUUUGCUCGGAGAGUCCAAAGCUCCUGAAAGACCUGCACCUACUCCAUUGGGCACUCCAAAUUAUGGCACUCCCAAGUCAACUCCUCUAGGAAAACCUGAAAGCGCUCAAGUAGCGACACCUGUGCAUCAAAAGUUUAAUAACGACGUAGCAGAUAUGACCCCGGCAAAGAGAAACUUUGACUUGUCUUCGGGAGGCUGCAGUCAGGUGACGCCGGUUUCCAAAAUUAUGCAGGAAGUGAGGAGCAAUAACCUGCUGGGAACCCCCGACAAUUCCCCGGUGGUGUACGACAAGUUUUUCAACAUCAAAACGCCCGAUACGCCACUGGAGAGGUUCUUAACUCCGACAGUCAACAAGGAGUUGAGGAAGCGGCUCCUGAAGUGCAUUUACCAGUUUCCCGAGUAUGUCCCCCCUCCUCCCACCCCGAGAAGAACCAGUACGCCCUUGAGCGAGUUAAAAAAGAGGUUAAGGGAUAAAAUAUGCAAAGGCGUGGAUUAUAAAGAACCCGACGUGGAACCUACAAAUAUGGAUAUGGAUACAUUUGAUGAUGAUGUCAUGGAAAUUGCCGACGAGGUGUUUGAACAGCCGCAGGAAAAUCCCGAGAUACAGAAUAAACUGGAAAAACUGGAGGAAUUGAUGAACUCGAGUUCUGGAACUAGUAGCAGAAGGCCUAGCAGACUUUUUCAGUCGACAGUGCCGGAAGAAGUUGCCAACAUGGAAAUAAAGGAUUCUCAGGCGUUCACUGUCGGAUGGGAUUACAGGGAAACUGCCAAAACGGAAGAGACGCGGGUGAAAAUAUUCAUGAUAUCCGGCAUCGACAACGAUCAGCGGCAAUCGUACGCGGAAAAGCUGGAAAGUCUCGGCGCGAUCGUUUCCGAAUUGGCCAGCUACGAUCCCAACUGCACGCACCUGAUCUGCCCGAAACCGGCGCGGAACGAGAAAACUCUCUCCUGCAUGGCGGCCGGCAAAUGGAUACUGCACGAGUCUUACGUGCAAAAAUCCAUCGAAGCGGGGAAAUUCCUCAACGAGGAACUGUUCGAGUUUGGGAACCCGAAAUCGUCCGGGAAUUUUAGUGUCAAUUUGGACAGGGAAGGUGAGGCGAGAGCCAACAGUAUGCACUAUUGGCGCAAGGAAAUCUCCGGCAGGGGCUAUGGGGCUUUUAGCGAUAUGAGAGCCAUGGUCGUUGCGGCGAAACGCGAACCAAUAGUCAGGGUUGUAGAGGCUGGAGGCGGGGUCAUUGUAGAUAUGAGUCCUCCUUUUGACGACACUGUCACCAUUAACGCAACACAUUGUCUGUUGGAACCAAGGAAGAUUAGCAUGGAAAAAAUGCAGGAUUAUAUAAUUUUGGCCAAACAAGGCAUUUAUUGCGUCAACACUCUGUAUAUAAGUGAUUUUCUGCAACGCAUAACAAAUGAUGUAAGGGACUGUAUCUUACCGCCGUUUACUAAAUAUUACAGCAGAAGUGAUACAUAAGGAAGUGAUUGUAAUGUAAUUUAUUAUGUAUUUGUUAAAUUGAUUUUUUUGAUCGAUUUUUUUAAUUAGUUUGUUAAUAAAUUUAUGAAAUUAAAGUUGUUCUUGUAAAUAUAUUUAAACAGUUUUACCCUAAC